AUGAGUAAAGGUAAUCGUUCUAAAGGUGGUAAGAACAAAGUAGAUGGUACCUGUGAAAAAUUACCUUUGGGUCCAGAUUUAAUAACAAAUGAACAAUCCUCUGGAUCAUACAGACCACAUAUAAUCUAUGACAGUUCAAUUGAACAACUUCGAAUUACCGAGGAGCGUAUCCAAGAAAGACUGAAACAAUUUGAAGCGAAUCACCUGUCUCAUGAUCUAUCUCAAGGAUUAGAUUCAAUAAAAAAUUUGAAAAAUGUUCUGGUUAGAAAAACAAUUCCGGAGAAAGACAGACCGAAACUCAUGCGCAAAGUUGCAGUAUUAAGGAAGGCCUGUGAAGAAUCAGCACUAGCAGAACAAAUCACAACAAUUCCACUGGACAGUAAGAAGCUUACGUGUAGAAGACAGUCGAAUUUUAACUGGCAUGCAGCUGGCCUGGGUCCUCGUUUCAGUCCUGAUGGAACUAUUUUAAACCAUAGUAUUCUGGGAGAUCCUGUUAUUUUCUAUCAAAUUGCCUUGGCUCGUAAUGAUAUUUCUUGGAACAUGGUUCCAAAGGAAAUCCAACUACAACUUCAAGCCACAAUGGCUGAAAUGCAAAAUCUCAAUGUACCUAUAGCUCUAUCAUGUAUUCCAGAGCAAGCAAGCCCUGGUUCACAUGUAUCAAAUGAAUCAAAUUUAACAGUUAAUUAUAGUACAAUAUCAAAUCAUCCAUCUGUUGACAAAGAAAACAAGAACGCUUUGGAUUCCGAAGUGAACUAUUCACAAGGAAAUGGGGAUAUGGCAUCACUUGAGAAUUGGCGACUUAAAGUUGAACAACAAAAGUUGAUUCAACGAAAAUUAGCCGGUUUAAUGAAAAGAAAAUCAAAUGACUUAGUUAUGAAUUCGGGUGAAAAUAUUUAUGAAGUACAAUUAGCUAAAGAGAAGAUAGAUCGUGUAAUGCCAUUGGUCAGUGACGGUAAAGGAAGAAGAUUUAUGAGCGAAUUUUGGAAUCAACCAGAAUACAUAAGAAAUGAAAAAUCAAAUGAUAUUUGUACAACAUUAACUAUGAAAGAAAGGGGUAUUUACAAGCCAAUUGAAUUUAUAAAAUGUCCGAAAGCAAUCAAGGAGGAAAAAGGUUACUAUUUUGAAACACUUUUAAUUGUAUCCUUUUUUAAACAUUUAACUUGAAAAAGUUUAUUUGUAAGGA